UUUUGGCGUUUGAUGGAUCUUGGUGCGCUGAGAUACCCCCUAUUGAUUUUUUUUUGAAUAUCAGAGAGUAAUUUCAUGAAUUCUGUUGAAUCAUGCGUUUACCUGAAUGGCUGGCAUGCUGGAUAACUUCACGUCUUGUCGUGUUGUCCCCAGCGGGCAGCUCUUCAUAUUCACCCUGGUUUUCUGCACGGGGAUGGGGACGUGUCUCGAUGGAUAAUCAGGAUGGAAAGGAUAAAGACAAGUCUCAAUGCUAUGCUACGAUACGGUGUGAGGUUCUACAGGAUAGUAUUACAUGUCGUAGUAACAGCUAGUCAGUUACUUGGUAUAACAUGACAGGUACAAGUAUGGUACAAUUAGGUGU